AUGAUGAUUCUUUCAAGUCGAGAAAGAAGUGUGUCAAGUUUAUACACUUCGAAUGAUAUAGGGUUUCGAGGUCAAAAGAGUAUACACAAACAAUUGAAGCCAGAGGCAACUGAAGUUGUGUGUAAAGGCUUAGGAAGGUUUCCUUGGAUCAGUGAAGCUCAAGAGGUUACUCAAGGAAAAUGCAAAUGUAGCAAAUACUGGGCAUAUAGUGGUGACUUUGAAGAUACACCAAAUGACUUAAAUUUCUGCUUAAAUGGUCUCAUAUGGCCUGAUCAGACUCCUCGUCUUGCUCUAAAUGAGGUCAAGUAUUGCUAUCAACCAAUUAAAAUUUCAUUCACCAAAGGCAUAAUUAAGAUUACAAACACCAAUUUCUUUCAAACAACAGAAGAUCUAGAGUUUAAUUGGGUGAUUGAAGGUGAUUUUGGUUCUUCAAACAAGACUCAAGCAAAAGUAAACACAUAG